AUGCCACAAACAACACCUUCUGGACGUAGAACUGAUAUCUUGACAGGUAUGACUGCAACAGAUUUUAAAAUAAGCACAACAAUACCUAGCACAAUUCCCAGCACAAGUGCACUGCACCCCACUAUUGUGAAUGAAGCUAGCAAUGUAUACACUGUCCACCAUGCACUUUAUACUGAUGGUCUUGGUUCCCUCACCCAUGAGCAGAAACACGUGACACAUGUCACACAUCCAAGCAUUGAUUCAACUGUGAAGAGCUUAUUAACUUCAAUCACCGCUCAACCACCAAGACCUGAUGCUGGAGUGAUACCUAAUACUAAAACUAUUGAACCAGUGUCAGUUGAAACCACCUCACUUUUUACAACAAUGUUAACAACAGACGCACGAACAAGUCCACUGACAUCUCAAAAUACAGGAGAAUGGCCAAUGGUGGGUGAAACAACCUCCACUGAUGACAAUGCUGGGACAGACAAAACCUCUCCUAUAUACUCUUCUGAUGGUGAUAUUACUGGGAUAUAUACUGCGGAAGUUGAUGUCCAAACAGUUAAAAAAUCCAGCUCAAUGUCAACGGUCUAUGAUACGCUACUACACACCGAUACGCCAUCUGAAUCUUUAGAAAUGUUAUCAUCUACAGUACUGCCUUUAGAAUCUUCUUCGAGUGAGACAGCAUCUAAACAUUUAGAAACCAGCACCAGGUUCAGCACUUCUGCACGCGACGUAAGUCAGCAUUCAAGCAUGUCACAUCCCACAGAGCAAAUCACCCUGCCCCCUACUAUAUUAGAAUCAACAGCUAUCCAGGAGGACGCAAGUAAAUCCACAACUGCAAUGAAGUCUUCCACUCCCCUACCAUCAACAAAGGUGCACACUUCUUUUCCUAUAUCAACUCAUGAGCUAACCUCUGUAGAUGCGAAAGGGGAAUCAAUGCCAGAUAUAGCUGCAUCCACCAGUAUGAACAUGCAAAACACACCGAUGGAACUUCAUUCAGUAAGACAGUCAGGAGACGUUUUCACUAUCAACGUACCUGUAUUCGAAACCUAUGAUGAAUCUGAUAACUUGGAACAUCAAGACACAGAUCAGUCAAUUACUACAACAAUUUCAACGGUACAAAUCACCGCUGGUGCAAGCUUUGAAGAUGCUACACAAGAUGAGAGUAUGCCUUUGUCUACACUACCCAGCACGACCCAGAUUAGAUCCACCACUUUAUCCACCCAUAUUACUCCUAGCACUGCACAAUCUUCUUCUGAGAGAGAACAGCCAACGAUUGAUAUUUCAACAUCUUCAUUGGCAGGUAGAAUCACAGAAAGUCCGCCAUCCUCAACACCCUUUAUGACUACCGCUACAACAGAGGAAGUAGUCACAACCCCUAUUUCCAUGACAACUGAAUUACCCUUUAUAACCACAAGGGAAUCAACCAUGAUUGAUGAAGAGACCACCACCUUCUUUUUAACAGAAGUUCCAGGUACUUCAUCUAACACACCUACACAUUCUGCAACAACAGGUGCUGUUCACACAAGCAGAGAAGCCUCUACUGUUGCAGAUACCACAACCACCAUCAUAGGCGAUCAACAACGACAGUGA